UCAUCGCUGUGAAUGCAUCAAAAACAGUCGCGUUGAAUCUUUCAUGCAGCACCACACGCAGCGCAACAUGGCGAGCUUCUUCGUCUUCGUUCUGUCGUGCUUCCUGUUCUUCCUCUGCCCGAUCGGGAUCGCGGAAGCUCAGACAGUGCCGCCGAUCUGCCUAGGCCUCGGCGCCUUUCAGAUCUACGACGGAACAUGUAAGAAUUAUUACAUAUGCGUGAACGACGGCGAGAAGAUAGUGCCGGUGGUGCUCGCAUGCGCCACCACGGCCGUAUUCGACCCUGUUCUAAGCAGAUGCGUAACCGGGACGACGUGCCCACAAACAACGACUCCGGUGACCUGCACAGAAUAUGGCACCUUCGAGAUCUACGACGGAACGUGCAAGAAUUACUACAUAUGCAUAAACGAUGGCAUGAACCUGGUAGCAGUGAUACUCUCAUGCGCCACAACAGCUAUAUUUGAUCCUACUCUGGGUAGAUGCCUACCUGGGGCGAUGUGCUUACAAACGACGACAACGACGACGACGACAUUGGCGCCGCCGACUACCGCGGCACCCUGCAUGCGAUACGGAAGAUUCCCGAUACCAGACGUGAACUGCAAGAAGUAUUACCUGUGCUACUGGGACGGCAUCCGUUACGCUAUAAUGGGUAAUCUCACGUGUCCGAACACCCUGGUGUUUGAUCCGACCUCGGAGAAGUGCGUGCUGCCGCAGCAGUACAUCUGCUUGGGUAUAGUGGGAUAAACGAAUCGUCUUAUGUCGCGAGAUCGCAAUCCGCAGAAUGCGUAGAUGUGAUUUCAUGGGAAAUAUUGCAGUGAGCGUCAGUGUCUGUUAUAUAAAUUGCCCGUUAAGACCGAAAUAAACGAUCUUGCCGGGCAAUUUGUCUGUCGAUUGUCAGUCACUGUGAAAUUAAAUUCGUCGAAGGUGCUAGAAAUAUUGCGAGUCGAUUAAUGAUGUUAGAUGGAGAAGGACCUGAGAAAAGAUACUAAAACACACUUUCACCUUCCCAUAUAUACUGACAUGGAGAAUAUAAUUAUUUGUACACGAAGAAAAUAUUGUAGUGAAAAUUACGUUAAUUAUAUUUGUCCUUAGAACGUUUUCUGUGCUACUUGAAGUGAUAGCACAAGUUACUGUAAAAAGUAACAGUAAUACUAUAAUAAUAAAUUCGACACGAUAUCUACAAAAUAAAAUACAUUCAAGUAAUCAAAAUAAUGUUAUAAUAAACAUUCAGACGAGCAUAUCGUUUUUUAACAAAAGUUCUGUAUGAUAAUUACAAAAAUUUUGUUAUAAUUUUUAUUACGAAACGUCUGCAACGUUCUAAAUUAAUUUGUAAUGUUGAAGUUAUUAUAUUGUGUAUAACAAUGAAUAAAAUUCGCGUACUAAAAACUCUUAUAAAUUUUUCAUUCUUAGAAAUUUGAUACCUUUAUGCUUCGUAAUUAUUUGUAAUGAGAUAUCGUAAACAGAUUCCCAACAUACUAAACGAACGUUAUAAGCCGACAGAAAAAUAAUAAGCCAGCCUCCGACUAUCGCGUGCUUAACAGUCUGGCUUAUCGGCCGCGGCAUUAUUUUCAACUUAAUAGAAACAAUAAAAGUACAUAACAAUUCAUCGUUAGUGCGAACCGUUAUAGACGCGAUCCGGCCGGUGCGAUUGUACGACCACUGUUCGCGAUUAAUUAUUUUUGAGCGUUAUGAACGCGCGAGCUAUAAUCAAUCUCGCGACAAUCGGGCGCGCGUUACCUCGUUAAAGAUUAUUAAACGCUGUAAAUAUCAAUUUUUCUGCUCCUAUCACGUCGCAAAAAUGCAAAAUAAGCCGCUUAGGGCAACACUGUCAAAAUAAUUAUUGGAGAUCACACCAACAUAUAGUAAUAGUACAUAUUUAUUUCGUAUGAAUAAUUACACUUGGCUUACAACCGUAGACGAGCGUUGCUCUUUACUUGUAAAAAUUCGUGAAUGCGUUCUAGCAAAUGGGACAUCAUAGUUUUGUUAAUUCUUCUCUAUUCACUCGAAAAAAUGGUCUUGCGAUCGUGGCGGAAAGUAUCUAGAGAUAUAGCUAAGAUGAAUUAAUGAUCAGUAAACACUGCGAUUCGCAUAUAUUUUGUAUUCGAUUAAUAUAGAUGACAGAGUCAGGAUUUAUAUUUAAAUUAUUUGUAAAGGUUUUAUCAAAAAAAAAACCUGUGGUACAUAAAUCCAGAUUAAGGUUUGUCAUAUUUCCUGUAAAAGUGAUUGUGAUAAAUAAAAAAAGACUAGCAACGAGA